GGUGUGAAAUAUACAGGAAGAAGUGGAGCAAGUCUUUUUAAAAUUUACACAAGAACAGCGCGUCGUUUCGCUCGGCGGCUGUUCCUGUGCACUUUUCGCACUUUCUAAGUCGCCUCAGAGGGAAAUAACUGGAGUUAUGAUGUUGAAAGUGGAUGAAGAGGAGUGCUGUUAAACGGACCUCGGUGUAACGUGUGGGUUUCCUCAGCCGAGGAGAGCAGAGGAGUGCCUUUUGGGUUAUAAAUGGAAAAGCAGAGCAGAGCAGCAACAGAGCAGUGAGAAUGUCGGAGCACAGAUCCAGUUUUCUUCACAUCGGAGACAUUGUGUCUCUCUACGCGGAAGGCUCGGUGAAUGGCUUCAUCAGUACUCUGGGGCUCGUCGAUGACAGGUGCGUGGUCCAGCCCGACGCAGGAGACCUCGCCAAUCCACCCAAGAAAUUCAGAGAUUGCCUCUUCAAGGUGUGUCCCAUGAACAGAUAUUCGGCUCAGAAGCAGUUCUGGAAAGCAAAACAAGGAAAACAAGGGAACAACAACACCCAGGCUGAGCUAUUUAAAAAGUUACAGCACGCUGCAGAACUGGAACAGAAGCAGAAUGACACGGAGAACAAGAAACUCCUUGGCGAUGUUGUCAAGUACAGUAGUGUCAUCCAGCUCCUCCACAUUAAAAGUAAUAAGUACCUGACUGUGAACAAACGCCUGCCUGCGCUGCUGGAGAAAAACGCCAUGCGGGUUUCUUUGGACCCAUUUGGAAACGAGGGCUCCUGGUUCUACAUUCAGCCCUUCUGGAAGCUUCGCAGUGAAGGAGACAAUGUGGUGGUUGGAGACAAGGUGGUGCUGAUGCCAGUGAAUGCUGGACAGCCGCUUCAUGCCAGCAACAUCGAGCUUUUAGACAAUCGUGGCUGCAAAGAGGUGAAUGCCCUCAACUGUAGCACCAGCUGGAAAGUUACCCUGUUCAUGAAGUUCAGUGACUACAGGGAAGACGUUUUGAAGGGGGGAGAUGUGGUGAGGCUGUUUCAUGCUGAGCAGGAGAAGUUCCUGACUGGGGACGAGUACAAUAAGCAGCAGCAUGUCUUUCUCAGGACCACCCUGCGGCAGUCGGCCACCUCGGCCACCAGCUCCAAGGCUCUCUGGGAGAUUGAGGUUGUGCACUAUGACCCCUGUAGGGGUGGAGCGGGUCAGUGGAACAGUCUCUUCCGCUUCAAACACCUGGCCACUGGGAAUUACCUGGCUGCAGAGAUGAACCCCGAAUUCAAAAAUGGCCUGGCAGAAUCCCAAGGAGAGAAUGAGACAGAUGCCGGCUUCUCCAAAAGGAAGCAACAAGCCGCAGAGCGGAUUGCCUACACUCUGGUUUCUGUUCCCCAUGGGAACGACAUUGCAUCUCUGUUUGAGCUGGAUGCCACCACCCUGCAGCGGGCGGACUGCCUGGUGCCCAGAAACUCCUAUGUGAGACUUCGGCACCUGUGCACAAACACCUGGGUGACAAGCACAAACAUUGCCAUAGAUACAGAGGAGGAGCGUCCGGUUAUGCUCAAGAUUGGUACCUGUUCCACAAAGGAGGACAAAGAGGCAUUUGCCAUUGUAUCCGUUCCUUUAUCUGAGGUCAGAGAUUUGGACUUUGCAAAUGAUGCCAACCACGUCCUGGAGUCCACUGUGAGGAAGCUUAAGUUUGCCAACAUUACUCAGAAUGAGAGGAGGUUUGUGACGACGCUUCUAGAGGACCUGAUUUUCUUUGUGUGCGUGGUGCCAAACAACGGGCAGGAUGUUCUCUCUGUGGUCACCUCCACGCCCAACCGUGAGAGGCAAAAACUCAUGAGGGAGCAGAACAUCCUCUCUCAGAUUUUUGGCAUUCUUACGGCUCCUUUCAAAGAUAAUGGCGACGGUCCGAUGCUAAGGUUGGAGGAACUGGGAGAUCAGCGCUACUCUCACUUCAAAUACAUGUUUAGACUCUGUUACAGAGUGCUGCGACACUCCCAGCAGGACUAUCGUAAGAACCAGGAAUAUAUAGCCACAAAGUUCCCCAUCAUGCAGUCUCAGAUGGGGUAUGAGAUCCUGGCUGAGGACACAAUUACGGCGCUGCUGCACAACAACCGGAAGCUUUUGGAAAAACACAUCACAGCCAGAGAGAUCGAGACCUUUGUCAGCCUGCUGAGGCGAAAUCGAGAGCCGAGGUUCCUGGAUUAUCUGUCUGAUCUCUGUGCAUCCAACAAGACGGCCAUCCCCGUCACGCAGGAGCUCAUCAUUAAAUUUAUGAUAAAUCCUAUCAACGCAGACAUCCUUAUUCAGACCAAGCUAAUCUCAAACUCAGAAAACUCCAUGGAUUCCUCCUUGUCCCCAGAUGAUGGGGAUGAAGAGGAGGUUUGGCUCUACUGGAUCGACAUCCACAAAGAGCCUCACGGCAAAUCCAUUCGCCACCUGGCCCAGGACGCUAAGAACAAUCAUAAAAUUGAUGCGGACCUCCUUACCUACUACAGGUGUCAGCUGAACUUGUUUGCCAAAAUGUGUCUGGAUCGUCAGUAUUUGGCCAUCAAUCAGAUCAACGACAAACUACCUGUGGAUCUGAUCCUGCGCUGCAUGUUUGACGACUGCCUGCCCUACAACCUCAGAGCGUCCUUCUGUCGCCUGAUGUUGCACAUGCAUGUGGACUGCGAACCGCAGGAGGCCGUGGUUCCGGUGCGCUACGCCCGCCUCUGGACUGAAAUCCCUUCCAAGAUCUCUAUCAAAGAGUUCAAGUAUGAGUCAACAGUCGACUCAAGAGAGGAGAUGAAGAAGAAAUUUAAAAGCACCAUGGAAUUUGUUGAUGAUUAUCUUAAAGAUGUGUUCAACCAGCAUUACCCAUUUGGGGACAAAGAAAAGAAUGAACUCACGCUAGAGGUGGUCAAUCUGGCUCGACAUUUGGUGUACUUUGGUUUCUACAACUUCAGUGAGCUGCUGCGCCUCACACGCACCCUGCUGGCCAUCCUGGACAUUGUUCAGCAACCGUUCGGCUUGCUUAGCAAGCUUGGGAAGACUCCAGAGGCCGGAAACAAUGUUUUGCGCACAAUCCACGGCGUUGGAGAAAUGAUGACUCAGAUGGUAAUGAGUCGAGGCGUCCUUCACGGUUUGCCUGACACGCCACCAUCCCUGCGCUACGGGAUAGGACACUUUCUCCCAGACAACGAGGACGUCGUGGUGAUGGACACCAAGCUGAAGAUCAUUGAGAUCUUGCAAUUCAUCCUAAGUGUGAGGUUGGACUACAGGAUCACUUACCUGCUGUCCAUCUACAAGAAAGAGUUUGGAGAAAGUACAGUGCCUGACAGCUGUUCCUCAAUGGCUGACUACCCUCCAAUUACAUCUUCUGAGCCUGACAUGGAUGAGAUUGCAGCAAAAGCAGAGAGCAUGUUUGUAGGAAGCUCUGAAUUAAGCGUGUUAGAGCUUGAUGAUGAAGGUGGCCGCACAUUUUUGAGGGUUCUCAUUCAUCUCAUCAUGCAAGAUUAUCCUCCUCUGGUCUCUGGAUCGCUGCAGCUCAUCUUCAAACACUUCAGUCAGAGAGCGGAGAUGCUGCAGGCCUUUAAACAGGUUCAGCUCCUUGUUUCAGAGCAGGAUGUACUCAGCUAUACACAGAUCAAGGAAGACCUGGACAAGCUGCGUCUGACUGUGGAGAAGUCGGAGCUGUGGGUGGAGAAAAGUGGAAUCUACAGUAAUGACGAGCUGGGGGAUGCUGUUCUGAGUCCGGUGCAAGAUGGGGAAAACAAACCUCAGAUGGACAGUAACCAAGAAAACAACUAUGAAGUACUGAAAUCUAUCCUGGAGCGCUUCAGUCGGAUGUGUUGUGUGAGUAAAAAGAGCCGUUUGCAGCUGCAGAGGCUGCUGAAGAACAUGGGAGCCCACACUGUGGUGCUGGAGCUGCUGCAGAUCCCCUACGAAAAGAAUGAUGAGAAGAUGAAUGAGAUCAUGAAGCUGGCUCAUAGCUUUUUGCAAAACUUCUGCAAAGGAAAUCUGGAAAAUCAAGUUCUGCUACACAAACACCUGAACCUCUUCCUCACUCCUGGGCUGCUGGAAGCCGAGACGAUGCGUCACAUCUUCAUGAACAACAAUCAGCUGUGCAAUGAGAUCAGCGACCGCGUGGUCCACCAUUUCGUCCACUGCAUCGAGACCCACGGACGUCACGUUCAGUACCUCAGGUUUUUGCAAACGAUCGUGAAAUGUGACGGGAAGUACAUGAAGAAAUGUCAGGACAAAGUCAUGACUGAGUUGGUGAAUGCAGGUGAGGAUGUGCUGGUCUUCUACAACGACCGCUCGUCGUUCUCGGUGCUGCUGCAGAUGAUGGCCUCUGAGCAGGAGCGGGCAGAUGAGAACGGAUCCCUGGCGUACCACAACACGCUCGUAGACCUUCUGGCCGCCUGCACUGAGGGCAAGAAUGUCUACACUGAGCUGAAGUGCAACUCGCUGUUGCCACUGGAUGACAUUGUUAAAGUGGUCACUGAUGUGAACUGUGUGCCAGAGGUUAAAACUUCAUAUGUGAAUUUUGUGAAUCACUGCUAUGUGGACACUGAAGUGGAAAUGAAGGAGAUCUACACGUCUUCUCAUAUCUGGAGGCUAUUUGAAAACUUCCUGGUCGACAUGGCCACUAUGUGCAACACUACAGAACGGAACCGCCCAGAUCCCCUGGACAAGUAUGUGACAGAGACAGUGAUGGCCAUCAUCAGGAGUUUCUUUGAGUCACCGUUCUCUGUGAACUACUCCAUGCUGCAGAAUAACCAGUCGACUUUCAUCAAGCUGCUCCAGUCAGCUUUCAGAAUCUACAACCUUAAGGGGAUCAAUUCAGCUCAGAAGAGCAACAUUGAGACCUGUAUCAAGACACUGGCUGAUGUCGCUAAAGCCCGCUCCAUACCCAUCCCAGUCGAUCUGGACAGUCAGGUCAACACUCUGUCUCUUAAUGUCCACACCAAUGCGGUGCAGCGAGCAGCAAAAGACUGGAGGACCUCGGCACGUUCACGACCUCGCAAAGAGCCUCUGGGUAGCCCCGACUACAAGAACAUCAUUGAGAAACUACAGGGGGUUGUGUCGUAUUUGGAGGAUCAGUUCUGUCCGAGGGUUCAAGCAGAAUUUUCUGUUCUGGUGGAUGUUCUGCAAAGUCCAGAGCUGCUGUUUCCAGAGGCUGCUCGGUUACGCUGUGAGAGUGGAGCCUUUAUGUCCAAACUAAUCAAACACACCAAGAAGCUUAUGGAACAAGAGGAAAAGCUAUGUAUAAAGAUCCUGGAGACCAUCAGAGAGAUGAUGGAGAAGAAGGAAAGUUUUCAGGAAUCUGGAAAUGAGCUGAGAAAGAUUCUCCUCACUCGCUACUUUGGAACUCAAAAGCUUCACUCCAAGUCGGAGGGUGGGAGUGGAAACAGUUCUUCUGGAGGUUUUGUCAAGCAGUCAUCGGGAGGUUCUGCCUCACUGGACUCAGACAAGCCAUGCAGCAGCAUGGUGGAAAUUCAGUGCCUCUUGGACAAGGUUGGGGCUACAGAGCUGGUAAUCGACCUCAUAGUCAGCACCAAGAACGACCUGGUGUUCGAACAGAGCAUUUUGCUGGGCAUCGCUCUUCUGAAGGGAGGAAACACUCAGAUUCAGAACUCCUUCUACAACCAGCUGUUUAAGCAGAAGAACUCUGAGAAGUUCUUCAAGGUUUUCUACGAUCGCCUGGACAUGGCCCAGCAGGAGAUCCGGUCCACUGUGUCCGUCAACAUGUUUGAUUUCAGCUGCAGAAAAAGGGAAGAUGACAACAAUUUUUGCAAUAUCAGGUUUAGAAAAGAGAAGGACUCGAGCAUGUAUAUGAGGGAAGAGAUGCGAGGCCAGCUGAAGGAGGCCUCGUCGGCCACGUUGAAGGCCAUCUCCUCCUACAGGAACGAACUGGAUCCCGAUCUUGAGUUUGGCCAGAACAGUGAUGCAGGUGGAGCCGACGAGGUUGAAGAGGAACCCGAGAUGAACUGGUCGAUCGCCAUCAUGAAACCUGUGCUGCGGUAUCUCCAGCUGCUCUGUGAAAACCACAAUUCAGACCUGCAGAACUUCCUCCGCCAUCAGCACAAUAAGACCAACUACAAUCUGGUGUGUGAGACGCUUCAGUUUCUGGACUGCAUUUGCGGAAGCACCACGGGAGGCCUGGGGCUGCUGGGACUUUAUAUUAAUGAGAACAACGUGGAUCUGGUGCGCCAAACCCUAGAAACCAUCACAGAGUACUGCCAGGGUCCCUGCCAUGAAAACCAGACAUGCAUAGCAAAACAUGAGUCCAAUGGCAUUGACAUUAUUAUAGCGCUGAUUGUGAACUCCAUUAACCCCCUGGGAGAGAAUCGCCUGGACCUGGUGCUGGACCUCAAGAACAAUGCUUCCAAGCUGCUGCUGGCCAUCAUGGAGAGUCGCCAUGACAGUGAGAAUGCAGAGAAGAUUCUCUACAAGAUGAGACCCACUGAGUUGGUGGAUGUAAUGAAGGAAGCCUACACUCAGGGUUACGAGACUGAGGAGGACAUGGACAACGCUGGUGAGCGGAUCAAACCCAGAGACGUUGGACACAACAUUUACAUCCUGGCCCAUCAGUUGGCCAGACACAAUAAGAUCUUGCAGCAGAGCCUAAGGCCUAGUUUGGGGCUGGAUAACGACAAGGACGAAGCUCUUCAUUACUACGCGAAGCACACAGCACAGAUAGAGAUUGUGCGCCACGAUCGCAGCAUGGAGCAGAUUGUGUUUCCUGUCCCAAACAUCUGCGAGUACCUCACCCAGGAAUCCAAGAACCGCGUGUUCACCACCACCGAAAGAGACGACCAGGGCAGCAAGGUGAACGACUUCUUCCAGCAGUUCGACAACCUCUACAACGAGAUGAGGUGGCAGAAGAAGAUACGCAAAAACAAGGCUCUGUUCUGGUUCUCCCGGCACUUCUCUCUUUGGGGAAGCAUCUCUUUCUACCUGGCCUGCGUGCUCAACCUCACCGUCGGAGCUUUCUACCCGUUUGGAGAUGAUGGAGAUGAGGGCACCUUGUCCCCAUUCUGGAAUAUCUUCCUGUGGGUGGCGUUGGGCAUCUCCACCGCCCUGCUUCCUGUCCUACCCAAGCAGUGGGGCAUCGUGUCCUUCCUCGUCUCGCUCAUUCUACGUGCCAUUUACACUAUGGGCCUCACUCCUGCUCUGCUUUUGCUAGGCUCUGUAAACCUUUUCAACAAAUUGGUGUUCAUUGUAAGUUUUGUGGGCAACAAGGGAACAUUUGCUCAAGGCUACAAAGCAGUCGUGAUGGACUUGCUCUUCCUCUACCAUUUGGGUUAUGCUUUAAUCUGUGUCUUGGGCCUCUUUGUGCACGAGUUCUUCUACAGCUUUUUGCUGUUUGACCUGGUGUUUCGAGAGGAGACGCUGCUGAACGUGAUCAAAAGUGUGACAAGAAAUGGCCGCUCCAUCAUCUUGACAGCAAUCCUUGCUCUCUUCCUGGUCUACUUUUUCUCCAUUAUCGGUUUCAUCUUCUUUAAGAAUGAUUUCCAAAUGGAAGUGGACCACCUGCAUACAAGGAGGCCAGAUUUGUUGUGUGAUGUCGAAUCCGCAGAUUCGUCUACGAAGAACAGCUGCCCUGCACCACCUUCCAAAUCACUUCCUGAUGAAGAUGACGAAGUGGAGCGUGUGUGUGACACACUGCGCAUGUGCAUAAUCACUGUGUUGAACCAAGGAUUACGCAACGGGGGAGGUGUGGGAGAUAUUCUCAGGAGACCAUCCAAAGAGGAGCCUCUGUUUGCUGCUCGAGUCAUUUAUGACCUUCUCUUCUUCUUCAUCGUCAUUAUUAUCGUGCUUAAUCUGAUAUUUGGUGUGAUCAUUGACACCUUUGCCGACUUGAGGAGUGAGAAACAGAGGAAGGAGGAGAUCCUCAAAACAUCCUGUUUCAUCUGUGGGCUGGAAAGAGACAAAUUUGACAACAAGACGGUAUCAUUUGAGGAGCACAUCAAAUCAGAACACAACAUGUGGCACUACCUUUACUUCCUGGUUCUGGUGAGGGUGAAGGAUCCGACAGAGUACACCGGCCCAGAGAGCUACGUGGCCCAGAUGAUUGCAGAGAAGAACCUGGAUUGGUUCCCUCGCAUGAGAGCCAUGUCUCUGGUGAGCAACGAGGGAGACAAUGAGCAGAACGAGAUCCGAUCCCUGCAGGAGAAACUGGAGAACACCGUCGGUCUGGUGUCGCAGCUCUCGAGCCAGCUGUAUGAGCUCAAAGAACAGAUGACAGAGCAGCGGAAGAACAAGCAAAGGCUCGGAUUCCUGGGUCCUUCACAGCACAACCACCAUCACAUCCCGACACACUGAGGAGGGGAGAACCGCUCAACUGUUGCCUGUAAAAUCAGAUGGAGCUGCACUGACAUUAGCCUUAAGAACAACCUGCACCUGUAGAUGCAACCACCAGUCGAGCUGCGAACAGGCAGCAGGAAGGUUUUGGCUUGAUGCCUUGGUUAUGACACAAGCUCUGCCUUUUUAGAUACUCUUUGUGCCUUUUGUGCCCAGUCAGCUGUAAGACAGAGUCCAGAUCUACCACUAUGGUGUUUGUAUGCCAUGUAAGCGGGUUAGGGGGGUUAGGGUUAAAGUGUCGGUGAGUGGAUCAUUGGUGCACCAAUCUACACCAAUAACUUACUGUCUCAGAUUUCGGUGUGAGGAAGGUGCACACUCUGCUAAAGUAUUCUCCUCUUUACCCUUGAGGUUCCUUUUGGUAUUUAUGGGAACAUUUUUCAUUUAUAACUGGAGUAUUAUUUUUAUGUUCUGAGAAGAAAUCAUGCUGCCUUACUGUUUUUUUGGUUUUGUUUGUUUUGUUUUGGGUUUUUUAAUGAACAGCACACUGCAAUGUCUGUAAGUGCACUUUUUUUAAGAAAGGGAAAAUGUUAUACUGGAUGUAUUGGUUUGCUCCGGAUGUCACAUUUGAUCAUUAUGUUAGUUGUUGCAUUCAGAUAUGUAUUCACUGCACCUCUUCAGUUGCCUUUUACAGAUUUCUAUGGUUUGUAAAUGUGAAUAAAAAUACUGAUGACCUGUGGAAAACUUACUUGAAUUUUCCUGAAAAUCUUAUUUCUGGUAAAAGAUGUAGUGAGGACUUCUUUUGCUGUCAGUAGCUCUGCUGCUAGUUGGUUUAAUUGGCAUUGAGAAGUACCAUUUUGAAAUGUUUUCAUUUGGGCAUUUAAAGAUAACAUCACGUUGGUUGAAACUGUGAAGUUGACUGGUCUUUACUUUGAGUCCAGAGCACUUUCAGGGAGGAUGAAAGUCUCACUUGUCUUUGUUACAUCCUUGUCUCUAUAAAUAUUUAAUCUUUUACCAAAAUCUUUCAUAAUUUACCCCUAUCAUUCAUUUCUGUUCUUUUUUUGUAAAAUUCAUUGCCACUAUUGCAGCUCCCUCUUGAAUCAGAACUUGUUUUAAUUUGGCACAAACUAACAGCACAACUGCAUAAGUUUAAUUGUGACUGUCUUGUGACACUUUCUGCUCAGUGUACAGAAAAUCUAUUUUAUCUGCUCAGAUGGUCUAAUAAAUUUAUAACAACA